GAAGGCUCGCUGGAAGCAUCAUCAAGUACGGUUGGCCCUGCACCUUUCACUCAUUAACCAACCAACCACAGUAAGACUAUUCUUCACUUCAAUUAAGAGCGUUGUGAAGCUACAUGGCUAAAACAUACGAAUUACUAUCAACAUCGUCACUCAUUCCUACAAGAAGCCCUUGUGGGGCUGCACUAUGGGACGUCAAGAGCUCUUUCUGCUCCCUCCUCAUCGCCACGGCCGUUGUCCUCGGAGUUGUUUAUCUCUCCGGGGAGGCAAAAACUGUCUUUUUCAGCGGCAGCCCACCGGAAAGCGUGGCGGUGGAAGACACGCCGUCGCCAUCAAGUUGUGAUUUGUAUUCGGGAAAAUGGGUAUACGACAACACGUCGCGCUACCCUUUGUACAAGGAGCACGAAUGCACCUUCAUGUCGGAUCAGUUGGCGUGCCAAAAGUUUGGAAGAAAAGAUUUGGACUAUCAAUGUUGGCGGUGGCAACCUAACCAAUGCCAUCUUCCAAGGUUCAAUGCCAUGAAAUUGCUUGAGAAACUAAGGAAUAAGAGGCUUGUGUAUGUUGGGGAUUCAUUGAACAGAGGACAGUGGGUUUCUAUGGUAUGCCUUGUUGAUUCUGCCAUUCCACCAUCCCUCAAAUCCAUGCACUACAAGUACAAUGCCUCUUUGAUCAUUUUCAGGGCUAAAGAAUACAAUGCAACAAUUGAAUUUUACUGGUCCCCAUUGCUAGUGGAAUCCAACUCUGAUGAUCCGGUGCACCACCGCCUCCCAGAACGAAUUGUGAGAGCCAAUGCAAUUAAAAAGCAUGGUCGCCGAUGGACUAAUGCUGAUUAUCUUGUCUUCAAUACUUAUCUUUGGUGGAGGCAACCCAAUAUCAAAGUCUUGUGGGGUUCAUUUAGUGAAGGGAUAAACGGAAUCUACAAGGAUGUAAAUAUGCUGCGAAGCUACGAGAUGGCCUUGAAAACAUGGUCUAAUUGGCUUCAAAUACAUGUCAAUCAUUUGAGAACUCAAGUAUUUUUUGUGAGCAUGUCCCCCAUCCAUGAGAGGGCAGAAGAAUGGGGUAAAGAGGUUGGAGAGAAUUGCUUUGGAGAGACAGAUCUAAUAAAGAAGGAAGGAUACCAAGGAAAAGGAUCAGAUCCCAAAAUGAUGAAAUUGGUUGAGGAAAGCAUUGAAGAACUAAAGCAAAGAGGCUUAAAUGUGGGACUGAUUAACGUAACUCAGCUAUCAGAGUAUAGGAAAGACGGACACCCUUCAAUAUAUAGGAAACAAUGGGGUCUUUUAACAAAGGAGCAAAUCCCAAAGCCAAGAACUUAUGCAGAUUGUAUCCAUUGGUGCCUUCCUGGAGUUCCUGAUGUCUGGAAUGAGCUCCUCUAUGCUCAAAUUUUAAAUUAGAUCCUAUAAUAUAAUCCAAAGCAAUAAUUAACAUUAACACCU